AUGGCGGAUAGACAAGAUUCAGAUACCAACGAUGGAAGCCGCUCGGUCAAUUCCAGCCGUCGACUGCGCGCGAGGAGACGGAGACUCAGCGAGAUCAACAAUAUGCGUGGCUGGCCGAGUGGCUCGAAUCUCGAGUUGCACGAGCGCCUGAACAGCAGAGGGCGCCAACCACCUGGUGGCGAGCUUCCGGGCGAUGCGGCGCAGUCUGCGUCGUGGCGGCGAUCGAGUCGAUUCAGCCUCCUCGACAAUCUCCCCGAUAUUCCAGACCACCAGAAUCUCUCCUACGGCGCACCUUACGUCGGGAUGUACAGGACGCUCCGCGGGACAAGCUCAUCUCAACCGCUGGAGUCGACGGCAACGGCGGUCAACGAAUUCCGGCGUCUGCCGUGGGCCCCCACUCUGAGUGCCCACCACGACGAUCCCCAGAACCGCCCGCGGCCAGCAGACUAUGGCGACCAAAGGCGGUCUCUGUGGACGGCUCUUCAACACCAGGUUGACGAGAGUCAGCGGCGCGUGGAAGAGAGUCGUCGCCACUUGGAGAGUCCCCUGCGGACAGCCGACUCCAACUUCGAUGAGCCAUCGCGGGCUCUGUUGACGGCACUGCGGCGCCAAGUUGAAGAGAGCCAACAGCGUGUGGACGAGAGUCGUCGUCGUUUGGAGCACACGCGGAACCAUCCCCUUGCUCCUGCUCAACAUCACAACGAGAUGAGAGCUCUUACGCAACAGGGAAUGCUAUCACACUUUAGCAGAGCAUUUGGCGAUGCCGUCCGUGAGCGUCAGAGCCUACAGGACGACGACUCGACACCGAGUGAUUCGGGCCCUCCGACGCGUCAGCCCUCGCAGACUCCCGAUAUGGAUUCCCAUCGCCAGAAGCGUCGGAAAGUUCUGGCGGAUGAGGGCGACAACAGCCAUGCCCCCAUGCGAUGUGGACGUCGUGGGCAGGUGGAGCCUGGUGAGUUGCGCAUGGAAAUGGUCAGCUGCGACGGUGGCAUGUUUUCCGACGAAUCCAUGUACUCGGCCACCAACAUCCUCAAAAACGACUCCUCGGUCUAUUGCACCAAGGGCAGUCGGUGCAAUAUUGUGCUGCAGCAUCGCGGAUCAUGUCCCUUCUCCCUGCAAGAGCUCAUCAUCAAGGGACCCAGUGUUCGGGAGGGAAUGAUCUUUGUCGCAGGCGACAAUGACGAUGAUCUGAAGCGCACCACACAGUACCAGAUCGAAUACGACGCCCCUUUGAGAUCUUUGGGCCGCGAUGAGGACGAGCGAGGCCAUUUGCGCAGAACGAUCGCGACCACGCAACGGGAUGAAGGCGGCACGACAAGUACAAGGAUCAGGAGAGCACCACAUUACCAAUCAAACGAGAGUGGAUAUCGGACACCCAAGAUGCCGACAGAGUUCGACGCCCCCCGGAAUGACAUUGUGGCGACUACAGAGUGUAGCGAUGACAACGUCUUCUUAGGCUCGGACCCGCGCUCGCGGUUCAGGAGGCUGCCCACGUAUGUCGGACAGCAGAUCGAUAGGUCUGAGAUCCGGCCUAGUGCGUUUGGAGUCCGGCUCGAGGAUCUGGAUGAGCCAGGUGCUGGUUUGGCUCUGAUCGAGGAUGAACCGACUCCCACGUUCUCGAGAUUGCUGCAAAACGAACAAAACGCCCGAGCCGCUGCGCGGGCCGGAGUCAGUGCCUCGCAGCAGAACGAUAGAACACAGGACGGCACCACACAGCGUACCAGGGUGCUGCAAAGAGAGCUGCCAGGAUCUCGAGCGGAUGACGACGCGAAUGAUGCCGAGGCGCGUACGAGCUCGAAUCAUCGCGCCGGGCGCGAUAGCGUGUUGCAGGCGGAGCUCCGCACGUUACGUGAAGUACUGAACCUGGACUCCGAUGGUGCCAGCGACGAAUUGUCUAGUCCAGCAGGCGAGUUGCUCGUACCACACGCACGCUUCCUGAUGGACGGGCGGAAGAGCACAUGUACAAUCCGGUUCGAUCCCCCUGUUUCGGGCAGAUUCAUUCUGCUCAAGCUGUGGAAUUCGCAUACGGAGCCUUCCUGUAACAUUGAUAUUCAAUCCAUCACCGCGAAGGGAUUCGCGGGCCCUCGGUUCUUCCCUUCGAUACAGCUACGAUGA